AUGGGGUGGCAAAGGGUGCCUCUUAUGCUGGCACUGGUCCUCUGGAUCCCCAGGGACCUAGGUAUCCGGGUGGAGGAGCCUGGGUGGUGGCGGUGGGUAGUCUUGGCCCCCUGGAUCCCUGGGGUGCUCCCCUGCCUGCUCUGCUUUGGUCCUCCCCUGCAGCGGGCCCAACUCUGCCGUGAUGUAACUGGUGCCCCCCCUGGAGCUCCCCAACACCAGCGCUGCCUUGAAGCCCUCGUCCAGGCUGCUGCACCCCUUGCUUCUGUUAUUGUGGGGUCAGGGCAUCGUGAGGCUCUUCAGGAAAUUGUAAUUGAUGCCCUACGCUUGCUGGAGGUUCAGGGGGGCAUGGAACCCUUCGAGGUAUCUCUGCAGAAGGCUGUUAAUGGAAUCUGGGUGAAGCUGAGACAGCUGGAGGAAGCUCCAGCCUGUGUCCCACCCUGUGGGUACCAGCUGGCUGCCCGCGUCUUCCAGUGCGCAACCUGCCGUCUUGUGGACUGUCAGUUCCCCUUGGACUGCCCGGUACAGGAUGUGUGGACUCGUGAGGGUGAAGCUGUCAUGCUGCACUGUGUCGUGCCCUUUGCUACCCCCCUAGACCUGCCCAUCACCUGGAUGUUCGCCAAGGAUCUGCGCACACAGGACCUGACACUAUUUGAAGAGCUGCAGGGGGGCAUGGAAGGACCCCCCACCCUUGUCCUCCAGGACCCCCCUCUGGGAACCAUCGCCUGCAGCCUGGGAGCCCACGCUAAGACCCUGGCCCGCAAGUACUUCUUCCUCAAUGUGUCAGGAGGCACCAUGGAGGCAGAACGGGGACUCCAGGCCCAGUUCAGGGCUGUGCUGCGCUGGCCUGACGGCAGGACACCCUCACACCCUAGAAUGCUGCUUGGGCUGGGGCUGGCACUCAGCUCGAUGGGGUUCAUUCUGCUACUGGGCCACCUGGCAAUGGCUCCGGACCCCUUGAAAGACUCCCAGACCCAGUGA